AUUUGAUGAAAGCAGAGCGACAACAUACAAUUAUCACAAGACAAAUCAUGGAUCCCCGUACUAGUGCCCAGGAUGUGCACCGAUGUGACCUUUGUGAGACCGCCAUAGUACACAGCUACUGUGACUUUUGUCAUGUCAACCUUUGUAUGUCAUGUAUAGGCAAACACAUCUCAGAUGGAUAUGACAAACAUAAAAUUGUCCCAUUCCAAGAACGAAGAUCAACCCUCGUUUAUCCAAAAUGUAGGACACAUCCACAAAAAAAUUGCGAUUUGCUGUGCAAGAAUUGCGACAACGUAUUUGUUUGUUCCUCUUGUACUGCCUCUGAACAACACAGGGAACAUUUAUUUGUAGAUGUUACAGAGGUUUACAAGACAAAGAAAAACAAUAUCGAAAAAGACACAGAGGAAUUAAAAAAUCUUAUUUCUCCUAAAUAUAAAGAAAUUGCAAUGGACUUGGAAAAUCAGCUUGCCAACCUGGAUGGAGGAUAUGAGAAACUUACAACAACAAUGUCUAAACAAGGAGAGCAGUGGCACAGAGAAAUCGACAUCGUUAUCAACAAAAUGAAAACUGAUAUCAGCGACAUUAAAGAGAAACACAAAGACAUUUUACAGAAACAUUUGGAUGAAAUCAAACAGAUACAGUCUCUGAUAAAACAAACAUUACUUGCCUUAAAAGAAAUUGAGAAAUCUACUGCAGUAGCUCCUACCAUUGAAUACAACUCAAAGAUCAGAGAAUUUAGCAAACUUCCACCCAAGCUUCAAGUAAAACUGCCAACAUACAUUCCAAAACCGAUAGACAGGGAGAAGCUUUAUAGUUUGUUUGGACAGAUCACCCCAUUAUCAACUGCUACAAAAGAAAAUGUCUUGUCACAGAACCAACCCAACACUUUAGUCAGAGAACUACUGGAUGAGCCAGAGCUUGUUGCCACAAUACAGACUGGGUAUAAAGAACUACUCGGUGUUACCUGUCUAGAUGAAGACGGUGUAUGGACGCAUGGAUUCACCAAAAAAAUCAAAUGCUUUAACAUUAAUGGUUCACUUCUCCAAACAAUCGGGACAAAAUCAGGAAAAAGGCCCAAUGACAUAGUUGUAAACAGUGAUGGGGAUUUACUGUACUCUGACUGGAAAACUAGGACAGUGAACAAAGUAAAGAAUGGACAGAUAGAAGAGUUGAUCAGAUUACAGGGAUGGGCGCCCUUUAAUCUGUGUGUCACCUCUACUGGUGAUCUCCUAGUUACUAUGUACAGUAAUGAUAAAACUCAAUCCAAAGUUGUCCGUUACUCAGGAUCUACAGAGAAACAAACAAUUCAGUUUGAUGAUGAAGGUAAACCUCUGUACUCGGGGAAUAGUUAUGAGAAAUAUAUCACAGAGAACAGAAACCAUGACAUCUGUGUAACUGACCAUGAGGCUGGUGCAGUUGUCGUGGUUUAUCAGGACGGGAAACUCAGAUGGAGAUACACUGUUCAUCCCUCAGCUACCAAGAACAAACCAUUUAAUCCCUAUGGUAUUACAACAGACAGUCAGAGUCGCAUCCUGACAGCAGACAUUUACAACCAUUGUAUCCACAUUCUGGAUCAGAAUGGACAGUUUCUCCGUUACAUUGAUAAUUGUGGUCUGGAGGCUCCUUUUGGUUUAUGUGUGGACAAUAAUGACAAUCUGUUUGUGUGCGAGUAUUACAAAGGCAAUGUAAAAAAAAUCAAAUUUUUAAGAUAGACACCAAAUUGGUGACUUAUAAAGAUAAAGCAGAAACCAUUUUCGUUAUUUUGGCUUUUUUUUAAAACUUAUUAAAGAUAUAUUAAAAAGGUAGUUAAAAUCCAGUCAUUUUUUCCUCAUUCAUUAUAUUACAUAUUAUAUACGUGAUUUAAUACAUGAUUGUUGAGUAAGUUGAGUUUUUAUUUGUUUUAAAAUGAUUUUUUUUUUCAACUAAAUGUCCAAGAUAUUGCAUUUGAUAAAGCAAUGCUUCCUUAUAAGACAUAAAAUGACGCCCCAUUUUCUAUUGGUAAAGUCAACAUAUAUUGUUUCUAAAUUUUCAAGUUAGAUUUUAAAAAACAAAUUCAAUAUCAAGUUCCCCAAUACCUGAGAUGUACAGAGUAACAAUUCGUAAUUUUCAAUAUUUUCAAUGCAUAAGAUUUUUAUGAUAAAAUAAUACUACAUUUAUAAAUAGAGUUCUUAGUGUUCUAUUGUUACAUGUGUUUUAUUAGAUUUUCACAUUAAAUGACAAAUACGAAAUUGAAAAGUAUUUACAUGUCACAAUGAUUUAUAACCUUUUACAAAAUAAUAGUUAAAUAUACAAAAAACACCUGGUCCAAUCAAAAUAUAUUUAAAUAUAUGUUAUUGUACUUGUGAGAUAAAGUAAGGAGAAUAGAACAUAUGAAAAUUCACAUAAUGCCCUGUACUUUGAACAACUUUCUAGAGGAAAACGGCCAUCACCUCCGUCUGUGUUUCCUGGACGCUGGUUCACUUAGUCGUUUCCUCUUCCUGUUUUCAAAGUCACCAGAAAUCUCUCUAUCCAAGAAAGACAAAAAAUCAUAAUCAUUCAACCUAACUCCUAGGUUAAGGUAGAAUAACAUACAUUGAAAAAGUCAUUCAAAUUAACAGUAUAUUAUUUG